AUGGCGGCAGCUCAUACAAACAAGGCGUCCAGUGGACAUACCAACGGGAAGGACACUCGUCACCAUGACGACGACUCACACGACGAACAGCUUCUCCGUGCAGCUGCUCAGGCGGAUAAUCAGGACUACGCCCCUUCCCCUUGCUCCUCUCAGCCAGCCUCUACUACGACGGCUACUUCAACGCCAACUUUAGCAGCAGCAGACUCGUCUUCAAUGGCUCGCUCCGCUAGCAAUAAAGGUCGCAAGGCCGCAGAGUCAGAUCUAGACCCAGCUAUCCAUGAAGAAAGGUUCAGCAAGCUCAAGUUCUUGCUCCAACGUUCGGGUGUCUAUUCUCGUAUCAUGGGCGAGAAGAUGGAGAAGGAGCGAAAGGCACGUGCAGAAGCAGCUGCAAAGCAACAGGCUCGUCGCAACGCUGCAAAGGCCAAUGGCGAUGCUCCUUCCGAACCACAGCCUGCCGCUCCUGCUCGCAAGACUCGCUCAGCUGCCACGGGCAAUGAACAACCUGCCACAUCCAACACCACUGCAGAACGCGAGUCUCGCCGCAGAGACACCCGCAAGCGUAAAGUCGACGAGCCACUGAGCGUCACCAGCUUCCUCGACGAGGAUGAUCUCGAAGCUGCCAAGCAGCAAGCGGAACAGGCCAACAAGAAGUCAAAGACGCAAGCUUCACACGACAAGGAUGCCGAUAGCUCCGAGACAAAGCGAGAUGCAGGCAACAACCAAGGUGGACGUCGCAAUCAGCCCAAGCUCGUCACUGGUGCCAAAAUGCGAGAGUAUCAGCUUGACGGUCUUGAAUGGCUCAUCAGUUUGUACGAGAACGGUCUCAAUGGUAUUCUUGCCGAUGAGAUGGGUCUCGGCAAGACACUACAAACCAUCUCUUUCCUCGCCCAUCUUCGUGAGAAGGGUGUCUGGGGUCCGUUCCUUGUCGUUGCUCCUCUCUCCACCAUCAACAACUGGGUCCUCGAGUUCCAGCGCUUCACUCCCGACAUCCCCGCCGUCAUGUAUCACGGAGAUCCUGAGGAGCGUCGCCUCAUCCGUGACCGUCGUCUCCGUAUGCCCAGCAAAAAGGACAAGCAGAAUGACUUCCCUAUCGUAGUCACCAGCUACGAGCUCAUCAUUCGUGAUCGCAAGUGGCUCGCAAACUAUCCAUGGAAGUUCAUCGUCGUCGACGAGGGUCACCGUCUGAAGAACCUCAAUUGUCGUCUCAUCCGAGAGCUCAAGACUUACCGCAGUGCCAAUCGACUCAUUCUCUCUGGUACACCGCUACACAACAACCUCGCCGAGCUUUGGUCGCUGCUCAACUUCAUUCUGCCGGACAUCUUUGACGACUUGGCUACCUUUGAGACUUGGUUCGACUUUUCUGACAUUCACGACGAGCAAGGUUCGUCUCGCAUCUUGUCCAAGGAGAACAGCACCUCGGUCAUCACACAGCUGCACGAGAUCCUGAAGCCUUUCUUGCUUCGUCGAUUGAAGAACGAUGUCGAGACCGACCUGCCACCCAAAAAGGAGUACUUGCUCUAUGCUCCAUUGACCGAGCUGCAGAAGGAGCUCUACAAUUCCGUUGUCAACGGAGAGAUUCGAAGGUGGUUGCUCGAGCGCAAGUCUGGUUUGCCAUGGAACGAGAUUCAGGACAUUCUCGACGACCCGGAUGGCGUCAACACCGCUUCCUCUUCCCUCCCCACCACACGUGUUGCUUCUGCAGAACAGAGUCGCAACCAGUCUCCACACCCUUGGGCUGCCGCCACCAAGCGUCUCGACAUCCACGCCCAAAUCAGCAACGGCAAAGGCGACGGCGAAGAGCAAGAAGAGAAGCCAAAGCGUGGUCGCGGCCGUCCACCCAAGAAUGGGAGCACCAAAACUUCCCGCUCCUCUUCGGCUGACUACCAUAUCGAUACAGACGAGCAGCAGACCGCUUCCGGCGCCUCAACCCCCCGUCACCAAUCCAAUCGCCGAGCCAAACGAGGCGUCAACUACCAAGUCGACGACAUGAACGAUCACACCUACUUUGACAAGCUCGAACAAGAACUCAACAAACGUCCCAAACAGCUCUCCGCCGCCCAAGCUGAACGACAAGGCAAGCUCUACUCGAUCCGCGAGGCGCAAAAGCAGAUCAAAAAUAUGCAUCUCGAAAACGUCGUUAUGCAGGCACGAAAGAUCUGCAACCAUCCUUUCCUUUUCGAUUGGCCUGUCGAUACCGACUCGGGCACACUUGUCGUUAAUAAAGAUCUCAUCAAUGCUUCGGGUAAAAUGCUCAUGCUUAACCGAUUGCUCGAUGAACUAUUCAAUCGCGGUCAUAAAGUUCUCAUCUUCAGUCAGUUCACAACUAUGCUCGACAUUAUCGAAGAAUGGGCGAACGAGUUCAAAGGUCUCCGAACAUGCCGAAUCGAUGGCACAACUCCACAAGAAGAACGUCGAUCACAAAUGAAAUCAUUCAACGAAGACACAGGUGCUGAUGCAUGCAACCUCUUCCUUCUCAGCACACGUGCCGGUGGUCUCGGAAUCAACCUAGUCGCAGCAGACACGGUCAUUUUCUACGACUCGGAUUGGAACCCACAGAUGGAUCUCCAAGCUCAAGACCGCGUUCAUCGUAUCGGUCAAACUCGGCCCGUUCUGAUCUUCCGUCUUGUCUCUGCAAAUACAGUGGAGCAGAAGAUCCUAAAACGUGCCGGAAACAAGCGAAAACUGGAAGCCCUCGUCAUUCAACAAGGAAAAUUCCGUCUUCCUGCCGGCUACCAAUCCUCCCUACCUACAGGCAAGAAGAAAAAAGAAGACGAGCUGAAAGAAAUCGCUAGCCAACUCUUGGCACUCGAGUCCGAACAGGUGUUUUUGGUAAAAGACGAAAACGACCAGAUCAUUUCCGACGAAAAUUUGCAUCAGCUCUUGGAUAGGUCGAAAGAUGCAUACCAGAGGAAAAUCGGUUGGGUGAGUAAUGUUGAUACACAACAUGUAAAUAGACCGGGCAGGAACAAUGCCGGUACCAGAGCGGCCUUCGAGGUUACUGAGACAAAGACGGAUGAGGCGAAUGAGGAGAUUGCGAAAUUGUUGGCUGCAAACUGA